AUUCUUCUAGAAGUUUAACUGGAGAAUUUUAAAUUCUUGAGUUAACCGAUGUUUGUAUAAACUCAUCAUUGUGUUGUCCCUUGAGCAAGAGGCUUCCACCAGGGUCGCACGGUCACACUUCAAACUUUCAAAGUUGCACUCGUAAUCAUAAGUUUCCUGAUAAUUUUCCAAAUACGUUUCUCUGUCGGAUGACAGGUUGAAACAAAUUUUCGAUUUAAACAUUCAACAAAACGGAUUCGAUUUGUUUUCCUGUCUCUAAAUUAGCGUCGUUGGGUGCCAGAAGUGCUUCCGGCCGCGAAGUUGGGGCCGUGAGUCCGUCAGUCGAUGGAACGUCAUUUUCAAACGUCAUGUGUUGAUCUGUAAAUCAUCCGGGAUCCGCUUGUAUUUGCCGAGAGUAAAAUCGUUCUAAGUUUCACAGUUUCCAUCGUCGAGAAAAAACAAACGGCCAAAGGCGAAGACGUUAAUAAUCUCACAGAACGAGUUGUGGAAGUUGAGACGAGGCUGGAAAACAAAGCUGACAUUAACCUUAAACAUCGCAGUUCACACGUUUGUCGUCCUUGUUCCUUGUCGAAUGAUGCUUUAAAAGUCGGACUUCGAACCUGAAAAUGUCUGGAAAAGAAUCUGAGAAAAAUCCUUUUCUGAAUCUUUUUUCUGAGCCGGCGGAAGCCCCUACAACAUCCGCACAAGAACAAGCUUCUUCAUCGGAGGAUCCUGUUUCUUCUUCGUCCAACUACAAGUUUAUAUCUGAAGAGGUGCAAAAGUUGGCUGAGGAUGUGUUUAAUAUCACAUUCACAAAGGAUGAAAAUUCGGUCAAGACAGGGCGGAAUCCACAGUUGGUUUUCAUGGAAGAGCUUGCAACGACCGCUGCCAGCAAAGCGUACGUUGAUCUGGAAUUGCUCAAGAUAGCCCUUUUUGAAAGGCUGCUGCUCAAUAAUCCAGCUCAGCACCUGAUCUGCGCUAAGUCGAAGACCAAACUAACUUCAAACUACCAUGUCGUCCAGACGGAGUGCAUGCUCUACCUUUUUGAAAGCUACAAGCGGCUUAAGAAAAUUACAAAAAAAACAACCGACUUCCCUGAGAAAAUCAUCUCGAACAUUAUCACUUACGUAAUCGAAAAUGCUUCCACUGCACUCAGGCAGCCUGCCAUUUUUGAAAUGCAGGAUGUCCAUAGACAGGUUUUGACAUUGUAUGAAAUAGAGGUGCUUUACGAUGAAUUCCUUCAGAGUUUUAUUAGCGACAUAGUGAAUUUGAUCAUAGCAGAAGAGGGUAAAGCAGUUUUAGCAGAAGCAUUCCAACCCAUUUUAGUUCAUAUACAUAAAAGCUUCGCAAACGCGACGUUAAUGUCAUUUCAAAGAUCGCAUUUUAACGUUUUGAACACGUUUGUCACUAUAGUGCCUCUGGCAGAUCUUUUGUUGGAUUACACAGCGCCAAGAAAUUACAGAGUCGGCCUGGCUUAUACCGAUACGCUAUUCGGGAGUAUGUUGAAUUUGUCAUGCCUUCCGAAAUCUGUCGAGGCGCCCGUGGAAUAUUUCGAAAAGCCUCUUGAUGGUGCAUUAAGCGCUCUCGAAGGAAACCUCUGGACGGCUAUGAACGAACUGUGUGAAAGGAUACAUGCGAUGUUAGAUCAUAUUCUUCGUUUAUCCCCAGAAUUAAGGGGUAGGGUAUUAAAAUGGAUCGGAGGAUGUUUAGACGCAAAUCUUCCACGUGGAAGGCUCUGGGCGACUACAAGCCUAGGACUCCCUGGUGCCCUGGGCUACAUUUCUGAUGGAUUUGUAAUCAAUUUAACAUCAGUUAUGUUACGACUCUCUCAACCUUUUAUCACUGACCAAAGAAAAUUGCUCAAAAUUGACCCAACGUAUCCAGCAUUUAGGGUAGAAUUAAAUGAAGACAUGGCCAAAUUCGGUGUACACUGUAAAUCUUUAAAUAAAGAAACCUGUCUUCUACCUUUAGAAGAAGGUGAGGUCCGUCCAUUCUCUUCUCAACCAUACAGUUUCAUCACCGAAUGUUUCUUUAUGACACACAGAGCCCUGGAUCUGAGUGUAAGAAUAUUAUUAGAACGGACGCAACAACUUUACCAAGAAAUAGGAAGACUACAACAAUCCCUUAAUGAUGCUCAAUCUCAUGUCCAACCCAGGCUAGACAUAAUUGACUCAUUUAGGGAAACAAUGGAAUUGGAAAUGUCAAGGUACCUGUGUAUGAGAUGUGCAUUGCUCGAGCCAGUCAUGUUAAAGCUCCUCGGGCAAUUUGAAGUUGCCACGGCCACAUGGCUCAUCCAGGUGGUCUUAGACCCUAUAACUGAAAAACGGCAGCAGUACGCGCCAAUGGUCAUGAGACCCUUGAAGUUUCCCCUUCCUGAAAGCGGCCCUUCAACUCUGAGGUGUAUACCAGAGUUGGUUGUAGAAAGUGUGGGGAGGUUUAUGAAACUGGCAAAAACGUACAGCCCUCAGACUUUGGAAGAAGGGGGCCCCAGUUUAAUGGAGCCGCUCAUGUCGCUCCUGCUUGUUUUAAUGGGCUCAAAAAACAGAGCGAGGAAUCCUCAUCUGAGGGCACAUCUGGCCCAAUGCCUGGAAUGCCUCCUACCAAGGGAUCAAGACGAACCCAGCCUUAAUCCGAACCCACUCGGUGUAUUUUAUAGGGAGAAAUUAUUUUUAGAACACCCCCAUAGGGAUCAGAUUGUCGGUUGUCUGCUGCACGUCUUCGUGUCGAUAGAAAUGACUGGAGAGAGUGUGGCUUUCGAGCAGAAGUUCAAUUACAGAAGGCCGAUGUAUACUGUAAUGGACUACCUUUGGGGAAUCGAAGGGCACCGUGCAAUAUUUAGAGAGCUUGCUGAUGAAGCAGAGAGAAAUAUGGAAGAAGUCAUCCCACCAUUGUUUCUAAGGUUUCUCAACUUGUUAAUGAAUGACGCUAUUUUUUUACUUGAUGAAGCUUUGUCAAACAUGGCACAGCUCAGGACAUUACAGACAGCCAGGGACAGCGGAGAGUGGGAAAACCUGCCGGACGAGGAGAGAAGCCGGAACGAACAGUUCUUCCGACAAAUAGGAAUGACAGCAAAGUUUGAUAAUAUUCUCGGAAAGGAGACUAUUCACACAAUAGAAUACAUGAGCUCGGAAAUCAAAUCAAUUCUGUGCCACCGCAUGAUGGUCGACAGGAUAGCGGCGAUGCUGAAUUAUUUCCUGUAUCAUUUGGUUGGCCCGAAGAAAAAAAAUUUUAAGGUUAAAGACCAGACGGAAUUCAAAUUCGAUCCAGGAUCCAUAGUCAAAGACAUUUGUAGAAUAUACGUUCAUCUAGGCAACAGUGAAGAAUUUUGUGCUGCUGUAUCUAGGGACGGGCGCUCGUAUAGCCCCCAGUUAUUCGUAUUGGCUAGUGACGUUCUAGUAAGAAUAGGCGGAACAGACUUAUUAACCGAACUUCAUGCGGUUUCCCAAGAAGUCGCUAGGCUUGCAGCGUUGCAGCAGACCGACGAAGAACUGCUUGCAGAAGCACCCGAUGAGUUUUUGGAUCCGAUAAUGUCAACACUAAUGACAGAUCCUGUUACAUUGCCUUCUUCUAGAAUAAAUAUUGAUAGAUCCACAAUAGCAAGGCAUUUACUUAGCGAUCAGACAGACCCUUUCAACAGGUCGCCCCUGACGAUGAAUAUGGUCAAAUCGAAUACAGAUUUAAAAGGGCGUAUUGACAAGUGGAUAUCGGAUAAGAGGAACAACAGGCAGGAUAGCAACCCUGGUGCUUCGACCAGUACAAAAAUGGAAUAAAUUAUUAGUUUUAUGUUUACAGAAAUAAAUCAAAGCAAAAGUCGAAGUGAUUUUUUGCUUAAAUCAGUUGUA